AUGGCAUUUCUCCUUCAAAUUGCGUCCGUCAAAAAACCCCAACUCGAGCAUGUUCAGCAACUCUUUCAACAAGAAUCAGAAUACAUGGCUGCUGAGGGUUAUUCCCAGAAUCUCACUGCCUCUCUUCAAAGAAAGCGAGCCACGUUCUUUAUUAAACAAGAAAGGCACAAUCUCAACAUUCAAGAGCUUAGGGAAAUACAGAGAAUGGAGUUUCUGAUAAUUUCAACUCUGAAUUGGCGCCUCCAAUCGAUCACUGCCUUAUGCUUUCUUGAUUAUUUUAUUUCGUUGAUGAAUAUGAAUGAUCAGUUACAUGAAAGAGAAAUCAAGUCUCAGGCUCAGAAGAUUGUGUUUAGAGUGCACAAAAAUAUCGAAUUUACACAAUUCAGGCCUUCAAUAAUUGCAGCUUCAGCUGUUCUAGCUACAUCAAAGACGGUGGCAAGAUAUUUUGAUUUCCAUGAGGCUAUUUUGUCAAGCCAAUUCGUCGAUAGGGAUGAUUUCACCAAUUGCAUGCGUGAUUUAACGGCGAUGUUCAUAUCAGACUCUGCGAUAGCAAACGUUGGUAUUCAUGGCCCUCCUGCUCCGUUAUUGCCACCUCCGGCUGAUGAUCAUAAAGAUCUUUCUCUGAUUCUUCUGAACCAACUGAUGAUGAUGACCAUCAAAUUUACAUUGGACCUUAGUUCUUGA